UGCGAACCAAAUGUGAUUUUGAAGAUCCAUACAUCUGUCACUUUAACCAAGAUUACUUUGAUGAUUUUGAUUGGAUAAGAACAUCUGGAUCAACAAACGCAUCUGGUACUGGCCCUAAGUAUGACCACACCUACGGAACAUUACAAGGUUUCUAUAUGUACAUGGAAACUUCAAAUCCGAGAAACUAUAAUGGACCUGCACGAAUUUGGAUACGGACAUAUCUUGCAACAGACGUCACAUGCGUUGAGUGGUUCUACCACAUGUACGGCACCACAGGGAACAUAUUAAAUGUGUAUAUAGUCAAGACAACACAUGCUGUUGGUACACCUGCAUGGACAGAAAGAAACAACCAAGGAAAUAUUUGGCAACUUGGACAAAUCUCAGUUAAAACAGUCAAUUCCUACUACUAUAUAAUGUUUGAAGGAAUUGUAGGAAGUAGUAAUACAAGUUAUAUUGCUUUAGAUGAUGUCAGGAUCACUGAUGGAGCAUGUUCGAAAGAUGCGCAAACCAAAUGUGAUUUCGAGGAUACAUACAUCUGUUACUUUGAACAAGAUGAAUAUGAUGAUUUUGAUUGGAUAAGAACAUCUGGAUCAACACCCACAUCUGGUACUGGCCCUAAGUAUGACCACACCUACGAAACAUUACAAGGUUCCUACAUGUAUAUCGAAACUUCAUAUCCGCGAUACAACAAUGAAACUGCACGUCUUUGGACAUCGUCAUAUCCCGCAACAAACGGCACAUGCGUCAUGUGGUUUUACCACAUGUACGGGGCCACAUUGAAUGUGUACUUAGUCAAUACAGAAGGUACCGUUGGUGCACCCGCGUGGGCAAAUAGAAACGAUCAAGGAAACGUUUGGCGAAUUGGAAAACUGUCAGUUGAAACAAAGACUUCCUUCCAGAUAGUGUUUGAAGGAAUUGUAGGAAGUGGUGAUAAAGGAGAUAUUGCUUUAGAUGAUGUCAGGAUCAUCGAUGGGGCAUGUUUGAGAAACGAAACUUGUGAUGUUGACUGCUUGAACGGCGGAGUCUGUGUCUCGGAUUACGGAAACGAGAACUGUCAGUGUGUGUCUGGUUUUUUUGGACCAACUUGCAAUAUAUCAAAAAACCAAUGUGAUUUUGAAGAUCCACACAUCUGUUACUUUGAACAAGAUAAAUAUGAUGAUUUUGAUUGGAUAAGAACAUCUGGAUCAACACUCACAUCUGCUACUGGCCCUGCUUAUGACCACACCUACGGAACAUUACAAGGUUCCUACAUGUACAUCGAAACUUCAUAUCCGCGAUAUAUCAACCAAACCGCUCGUCUUUGGACAUUGUCAUUUCCUGCAACAAAUGGCACAUGCGUCAAGUGGUUUUACCACAUGUACGGGGCCACAGUGAAUACAAUGAAUGUGUACCUAGUCAAUAAGGAAGGUACCGUUGGUGCACCUGCGUGGACAAAUAAGAACAAUCAAGGAAACAUUUGGCGACUUGGAAAAAUGUCAGUUGAAACAAAGAGUGCCUUCCAGAUAGUGUUUGAAGGAAUUGUAGGAAGUAGUAAUACAGGAGAUAUUGCUUUAGACGACGUCAGGAUCAUCGAUGGGGCAUGUUUGAGAAACG